AUGGAUUACGCAUGUGAAAUGGCUUCCUUUGAGAAUAUCAUCGGUCAGCUCUAUCCUUUCUUUCCAUUCUGGUCGUGCUUCCAGCCUAACCGCGCUAUGAAACAGAGGCUUGUGCGAGUGCGCAUUCAAUCUGGUACGAACGUGUACGCCUCAAGGUCGCAACAAGUAUGGAUAUUGUGUCUGAUGCAGCCAGUACGACCAUCCCUCUCGCUUGACUUUCUUCCGUUUAACAUAUCGCGAUUAGUUAUCGUUCUCUCUGGACAUAUCAUGUGGAGAGUGAAAAUCAACGUUCGGAGAAAGCUCGCAUUGAUCGGUGUCAGUUUCCUGACGGCGUUCAUCAUCAUCAUCGCGCUGGUGCGGCUUGAGCUAAGUGUCUCAGGGACGGGCAUCCUGAGCCCUGCCUGGCUCGUCUUCUGGAACGCGAUCGAGAUCUGUGUGGCAAUCAUGAUGGCUUGCCUGGCAUCAUUUUGGACCUUUUACACCAAACUGGAAAGGCCCUCACAGGCUCCUCGGCGGCGCGCCGAGUGGCUCCCUCCACGCGGUUAUGCCUCGCUCGAGAGACCAAUCCUGCUGGAUGGAAGACUAGGCGUUAGAUGCUUUCACAACCAUUCGGACCUCUCUGUGCAGAGCCACACUUCACUGAAGAUGGGCCAUGGUGCCUUGAAGGGGAAGACGGAGGAGCCUUAA